UCCUUGGGUUGGGAAAGGGACUACUUAAGCCUAGAAGCUUUGCUAAGUGCAAAGGAAUGCAUCACGUCACAGACCUCCUGAGGAACUACCCAAAACAAGACUUGUUUGUAUGGCUGAAGACUGGUGGGUGAGUACGAGGGAGGAAAGUAGUGAACUUAAACCAAGGAAGACUUUGAGCUGAUUGUAUUGAGAGUUGAUGCAAAUUUGGAGAGGGACUGGAUUCAUGUCCUACCCCAGGCUGAGGCAGGGUUUCAUUUCUGCGAGCUGUUUGUAACUUGGAUAGUUCGCAAGUUGGAAGCGUGGCCAACUACUAACGUGAGUUCUCACACAGCAGAAGAUGAGCUCCGUGGCAGCCGGCAAUGCUAAACCGUCGGUCACCCAAAUACUCGCCAGUGUGUGCAGGUUGUAAGAAACAAAUCCUGGAUGGAAGUCUUGGUUUUGCUGCAGGGGUUAUGCUGGCCGCUUCUUACUGGUCACUGUUGGCCCCGGCUAUUGAGAUGGCGGAAUCAUCAGGAACCUACGGAGCGUUUGCCUUCUUCCCUGUGGGAGUGGGCUUCACGCUUGGAGCAACCUUUGUUUAUCUGGCUGAUGUUCUGCUGCCUUCACUGGGUGUUGAUGAUUCUCCACAAAUGGCAUUUGCACUCAAUCAGGAGCCAAAGUCAAUGAAGGAGAAGAAAGACGAUGAUGCUGCAGAUUCCCGGUUGCAAGAUGAAGAGUUUGCCAUCCGGAUAGGUAGAGGUGCACUAUUAGCAGAAAGUGUAGACAAUGGAGAAGUUUAUCAGAGAAAAAAAGCUCAGCACUCUGACUACUCCGAGGGUCUGAUGGCUUUCAAUCAAUCAAGGUCUACGCCAGAGCAGCAACAAAACAGUUGGAAGCGCAUUAUAUUACUUAUUCUUGCCAUCACCAUACACAACAUCCCAGAGGGUCUAGCAGUGGGAGUCGGAUUUGGUGCUAUUGGCAAGACCGCAUCAGCGACCUUUGAAAGCGCAAGGAACCUAGCAAUUGGAAUUGGACUGCAGAAUUUCCCAGAAGGCCUUGCAGUUAGCUUGCCAUUGCGUGGUGCUGGAGUGUCCACGUGGAAGGCAUUCUGGUACGGCCAGUUAAGUGGCAUGGUCGAGCCAGUGGCGGGAGUAAUUGGUGCCUUUGCAGUUGUCCUUGCCGAGCCACUGCUGCCCUACGCCUUGGCUUUUGCAGCUGGUGCCAUGGUUUACGUUGUAAUUGAUGACAUCAUUCCUGAAGCUCAACUCAGUGGGAAUGGAAAGCUGGUCUCCUGGACCUCCAUCAUAGGCUUCGUCUUGAUGAUGUCGCUCGAUGUGGGCCUUGGCUAAUCUCAAGAUGCACAGUACCUUUAAUCUGAAGAAAUUACUUCGGGAACAUUAUUUUCUUCAUUACAAAUUCCUUUUUUUCCCCUGUAACAGAUUGUGAUGUCAGCAGAAGUCCAGUAAGCUGAAUACACAUAUCUAGAUUGACACAUAAUUUGAUCUCAGUGGGAAAUAACGUUGACUUCUUGUCUGGGGCAAUAAUUGGAAAUUGAGCCUUUUCAGUAAUCUGGGCCAGGGAUCAUUUUACAUUUGUUUCUGGUUUUUGCGGGUUUUCCAAAAUUUGAAACUCAAUGUCUGUUUGUAAUGAGGUUUUAUUUCAGUUCCAGCUUUCAUUAAUAGAUUCAGAAAACAGUAUCAAAGCUGGAUAUUUAUCAGCGUAAACUCAGAUUAGUAAUAGGCUGAUAAUUUGUAAUUGACAAUUGUGAAGUAGAAUAAUGCCACUAUGCAGUUAUAAUCACCCAUUGAAUGAUAACUGGUGUUACAUCACAAGCUGAACAGAUAUUUUGAAAGAUUUUACUUGUACUCCAAGUUCAAAGUAAAUUUAUUAUCAAAGUACAUAUAUGUAAUCAUAUACACCCUGAGAUUUGUUUCCUUGCAAGUACAAAGAAACACAAUAGAAUCAAUGAAGAACUGUAAAAAGAUACAACAUACGUUAAUCUGUUAAGUGUACAUUUGACAAAAUGCAACUGAAACACUUUGCCGCCCUUCGUUCUGAUGUUAGGUUCAACAAACAAUCUCAGUUACAGCAGCCUUGGGAUAGUCUGUAUCACCUAUUUUGACAUUUUGUGAUUUCUGAAAUGAUUUGAAGUGCGGAGCAUUGUUUGCAGUAAUGUAAUCUAUUUAUUGCCACCAAAGAGUCUGUUAGCAGACACCAAGGGGUAUGGUGAAAUGUACCUUCGUGGAUUUGGAGCCAUAUGCUUUCUUAAUUCAAAAAUAUGACAAAGACUUUGACAUUUAUUUAGGCCACUGCUAAUUUUUGUAACUCACUGAGAGAACAAAUCAGUAUUGUUUCCUUUCAGCACACUUUAUCUGCAGUCAUACAAUCUUAAAUUAGGGUGCAAUGAAGAAUAAUUGCAGAUUUCUUAAAACAAAGUCAGGCCAAAUCAUGUUGUAUCAGCUACAAAUCUAAGUCAACUAGAUCAAAAGGAAUUUUGGUAUAAAUGCAGUAUAUUGCCAGUGUUGAGGCUGCGUUACUGAGAAAAUGCUGUUAUAGAAAUGAUUGAAACUCUGAAUCCGGAUCAGAUCAGGAAUAAUAAUCAUUUCAUUCUCCUUUACAUUCAGGAUAACAAUAAACAAUCUUAAAUCUUGAAUCUUGAGAUGUCUCCAAAGGGAGAAUGGUGCUGCACUGAUUUCUGUGACCAUUUACUAGACCCUGCAAAAAUGCCUGGUAGAAUGAUGUAGAAUAUUCUGCUAUACAGACUCUCUUUUAUUAGUAAAUUUAUCCUUUUAUUAGUAAACAAAUAGAGGUGGAGAAUAUCUCAAAUGCAGCGCAAUUUCAAGUAUCACAACCGAUGUCGAAUAACUUAGAAGGAUGCAGUAAACUCUGGGACAAAGUCUUUCCCAUGGCCCGCACAAAAGAAAGUAAACUUCAAAUACAACUCAUGACAGCCAGAACCUGGCGUUGCCGAGAGCCUUUCCCAUUGAAUACAAUGGGCCAGUGUAUUAACUGUAUUUGUGCCAUACUCACACACCCAUUUGCAGAACUUGACAUCAGUGCCCUUUUGGCCCGCUGCUCACUUUAAACAGCACUUAGGCAUACAAUGUCAUGUUUGUUUUGAAGUAAAUAUAUAACUACAGUAAUGAGGUGAAUUAUAAAAAGGGCAUUGAAAGAUAUUGUUUUGGCACGAAUUAGUUGGCACUGCAACAAAAAGGAAAAGAAGCUUGUUGGCGACUCGGAAUAAAUUAUAAUGAUUAAACUUUGUAACCUUGAGAGUACGAGGGUCUAAGGUUAACAAGCAUUUGGAAGUUUCCGCCCUCUCCCUGAGAAACGUUUUCAAAUGAUAUUGUUUUUGGAGUGUUGCUUCCUGACAGUGCCACACUAUGAAUCACUCUAACUGGCAGGUACGGCUUCACUUUCUAAAGGAAGGUAAUUCUGAUUUCAGAAUUUAACAUUCAACUAUUUCACGUAGCCCAAAUAUUUAGGUCAUGGGGAGCAUUUACCGUGUUUACAACUAUAUUUGUAACUGUAAUAUGAUAAGCAGCUGCCUUCAAAACCAUGGUGCUGGCUGAAGACUGCAGUAAGUGCAGUUCAUUAACGGUAGAGGGACGGCUCAGAGAGAGACAUGGUGGGAGAAUAGGUGGACACACAAACACACACAUACCAAAGCUUUUUUUUAAGUCCAGUGUGAACUUCGAGCUAUUGUAGAAAGCAGGAUGAAUUCAUGUUACUGCUACUGGGCAUAUCACUUGUUUCUGCCGGUCAGUGUUCAUGCCAGGGAAUUAUUGAUUAAACCAGAAUAGCAUCAAUAGAAAUAAAGGAAAUCAAAUCCAUUUAGAAAUGAUGGGACAAAGCUUUCGAGUUUACAUGUCACAGAAUUAUCAUAUCUUUUGUCCUCUGUUAUAACUGAUAUCAAAGUCUCUGUUGCUCUGGCAUACAGUGAUAUUAUGAAGCUUGGGCUGGAGAAAGGCGGACAUAAAGUGAAUUUUUUGAUUUCAGGAAUCUCCUCAAAUGGCUUCAAUCAGCAAGCUCAAACACGAGGAAAUCUGCAGAUGCUGGGAAUUCAAGCAACACACACAAAAUGCUGGUGGAACACAGCAGGCCAGGCAGCAUCUAUAGGAAGAAGCACUGUCGACGUUUUGGGCCGAGACCCUUCGUCUUGGCCCGAAACGUCGACAGUGCUUCUUCCUAUAGAUGCUGCCUGGCCUGCUUCAAUCAGGGAGCUGUUGCUCUAAAUCUGUGCCAGCAUGAAGUUUUUCAAUAUAACCUUUUAAUUUGAAGGGCUUUUGUGUCUUUGUCUUGAAUUAUUUUAAAAAUGAUAAGCAAUCUUAAUGCAACCAGCUAAUGUUGUUGUGUUAUCAGUAUCAUCACUAUGUGCUGCUCAGGUUGAAAGGACAAUUAUCAGGAUGGCUUACUUUCGUGACAUGUUUUCUUCCAAAGUAACUCUGAAUUUAAACACUAAAUUCAUUGUGAAUUAUGCUAGAGGAGCAGAGUCUUUGAUAUCAGUUAUAACAGAGGACAAAAGAUAUCCCAAUUCUGUAAGAUGUAAACUCAGUAUCUUUAUCCCUGAUAGACUCCCAUCAUUUCUAAAUUGAUUUGCUUUUAUUUCUAUUGCUGCUAUUAACUUCUGGUUUAAUCAAUAGCUCCCUGGCAUAAACAGUUUCAGGGUACAGACACAGACUGGCAGAACCAAUGUAAAGGUGAACUUAGCUUUUAUAAUGAGUAUCUCAGGAUUCAGGGCAUGGACUGUGUCAGAUUCUUAAGAUAGCAGUGAUUUCUGAAACAAUGAAAGUGUUGAAUCAUACAAACCCCUUAUACAAGUAUCUGUGGUAAUAUUUGUUUCUUAUUGAGGAACUGAAAAAAGCCAAGCUAAGGACACUGUUGUACGUGAAAACAGUUUGGAUAGCUGGAAGAAAGCGCAAAUGAAUCCAGGAUGGCCCAAGCCAGUUUUCAUUACAAUUUUACCUUUAUUGCAUCAUAGAGCACUGUGACACAAAGGCCCUAGUCCAUGCCAAUCUGGUCUUCUGCCUAGUCUCAUCGAUCUGAACCCACACCUUAUCUCUCCAGACUUCCCUUAAUAUUUAUAUUCUCCGUAUAUAGGGGAAUACUUUCUCUUGAAUUCAUUUGCCAGAGCUGUUUGCAGCGCCUUUGUUUAAACUCAGUCAGAUGCACGGGCGAAUGAAAAGAAGUGGUAAUGGUAUUGAGCUGAGGAUGUGAGGGCCAGAACACUUCUAAAUCUUAACAAGUACUUGGCAGGUCAGCCCAGGAAUAAAACUUGAAGCUGCACUUCCUUCCUUUCUCACUUAUUGCUUGUAGUCUGCAGUCUGGUACCGAUUGUUCCAGUGUGUCUGUGUACACAGUCUACUUUUAUUAGCUCUUGUUUUGGACGCUUUCCGUUCCCUUCUUCAGGUCCUUAUUCAGUGACUGGGGAAGUGAAGGAAUAAUGUAAGCUGCUGGCCAGUGGAGAGUAUCUGCAGUCAGAGACAAAUCCAGACUCUUACAGAAAUUGAGUUAUCUUUCGCCUUCCAAACAAAUUUCACAUAGGACUCCUGUCCUUUAAUUCCUGUGAUCAUUCUCUUAAACCUCCUCUGGACCCUCUCCAAUGCCAGGGACAUCCUUUCUUAGAUUAUCAUCACCAUGAUGUGCCAUGUCGGAUGAUGUGGGCAAUCAUGGUGUCAGGACCAUGAUCAUUCUUGGCAAAUUUUUCUACAGAGGUGGUUUGCCAUUGCCUUCUUCUGGGCAGUGACCUUACGAGACAGGUGACCCCCGCUAUUAUCAAUACCCUUAAGAGAUUGUCUGCCUGGCAUCAGUGGUUGUAUAAGCAGGUCUUGUGAUAUGCACCAGCUGCUCAUACAGUCAUACACCACUUGUUACCAUGACUUCACAAGACCCUGAUCAUAAAGAUUUCUUCAAUAUGGGGCCCACAACUGCUUAUAUUACUCCAAAUGCGAUCUGAGCAAUGCCUUAUAAAGUGCCCCAGAACAAUCCUUAGGCUGUGUGGGUUAUUGAAAGAAAACAAAGUAUUUCGCUACAUGUUCAAUGUUUUGACGUACAUGUGUGACAUAAAGUUAAUCUUUAAUCUUCUGUAAUUUUUAAUUUCCUUGCAAACAUUUUAAAAAGCAGAAGCGUAUGAUAAUGCUGUAAGUUUUUAACUCUUUCCACCAUCUGACCUGAGUGUUUGCAACAUUUUCUGUUUUUAUUCCUUAUAGUAUUAAAAUGGAAUUUGAUUUAUCUGAUGAAAUAAGCCAAUAGCUUAUGAGUAAACUAAUGUCCUCAGCCACGUAUUGCAAUGACAGUUGUGCCAUAUAGUCUCUGUCUUCAACUGAAUCACUGCUCAUUUGUCAUGGGAGAAAUUUUACUUUAUUUUCAUGUUCCUCAUCUCCCAUUGUUAGUUUGCUGAGUUGCCUGAUGCCCAUGAAAUAUUCUCUUAAUGUUUAAUGUUUAACAUCAUUUCCAUUACACAAGUGUAAAGGACAAUGAAGUAAUUAUUACUCCAGAUUCAAUGCAGCACAAAAAGGACAAUAAAUUUCAAUACAUAAGAUAUCUUAGGUACAUAUAUUGAUUGUCUAUCCAUGAAGUGAUGCUAGGCACCGAAGUCUUUGUACAUAAGGUGACUCUGACAUGAAAUGAUAAGGUAGUGCAGGUGUGGGUGCAGUGAGAUGGGAUAGUGGGUGUGGGUGCUGAUCAGCCACAAUUGCUUGGGGAAGGAAACUGUUUUUGAAUCUGGUGGUGUUGGCCUGGCUCCACUCUGAUGGGAGCAGGAACCUUCAUGCUUCAUUCUGGCCUUUUUUCCCGUCGCCUUUCUGUAUAUACAUGCUUCUGUUGUUUAUAUAAAUUUUGUGAUGAAGUACUCUAAUCUAGAUGCAUCAGUAUAUUUUAUUGCUCUUAAAUUGAAGUAAUUAUAUACGUAAUGCUGUAGAAGUACCCAUGCUUGAAUAUUUGUCCCUCCAGGCGAAAGUAAAUAGAUACCUACUCUGGCCUGGUGCCAGACCAGAAGACGUGCACUUAACAGCAACCAUCAUGCCAUAGGUGACUCUUUACAUAAACUAACAUUUCAAAAAAGAAAAUGAUGACCUGUAACCCAAAGGACGAUAAUUGUGCAAAACACAAAGUGCGGUCUCCUGCCAAAUGGUGGAGAUUCCUCCUUCCAUUCAGCAGCCAUUUAGAUAAUGAGGCUAAUGCCUAAAACAUGUUUUCCUGGCAUAGGGCCUCACCCACUGAGAAUGCACCUUGGCACAUUGCAGGCUCAACACCCAGAGUUUUCUGCCUAUUUAUAUGGAAAAUCCAGCGAGUACACCAACAGUUCCAUCUACAUCCACUCAGUCUGCUGAUCCGGCUACUGAAAUGCACUUAUUUGCUCAAGCUGAUCUGGGUAUAAUCACUGCAAAGCUGGAAGUUCUGUUUAUCCUCAGUUAAGUUGUUCCUAUCCAUAGACGAUUCUCAGGUAUAGGAGCUUCAGGGCUCACACCACCAAGUUCAGGAAUAGUUAUUACCCCUCAACCAUCAGGCUCUUGAGCCAAAGGGGAUAACUUCACUUCCCCCAUCACUGAUCUGUUCCCACAACCUAUGGGCUCACUUUCAAGGACUCUUCAUCUCAUGUUCCAGAUAUUUAUUGCUUAUUCAUUUAUUAUUAUUAUUUCUUUCUUUUGUGUUUGCAGUGGUUGUUGUUUUUAGCACACUGAUUGAAUGCCCAAGUUGGUGCAGUGUUUUACUGCUUCUAUUUUGGUUAUUAUUUUAAUAUGGAUUUGUUGUGCUUGCCCAAAAGAAAAUGAAUCUCAGAGUUGUAUAUGGUGAUAUAUAUGUACUUCGGUAAUAAAUUUAUUUUGAACUUUUGAACUUU